AUGACUCGUGCGGAGACGCGCAAGGCGGAGCUAGUCCGCUACAUCAAGAAGGAGAUUGAGGACAACAACUUUCUCGGCCUCGUCGGGGCAGAGUUGGAUAACAUGGCAAACACGCUGGCGACAUGUGACUCGAGGCGGGAAUUGUUUGACUGGUGCCAGACGCUGAUGGUCGGGGAGACCGUGGCAGCGGAGGUGACGAAGCGGCGUGUUGACCACGGCCCUCCCUUUGAUGACAUUCCUGCGGCAUCUGCGACGACUGUGCCUACUGGGGGGAGCGCCGGUGGAAAGAACAGCAGCGGACGGCAGCUGACAAUGGCAAGUAAGAAGGGCGUGAAGAGGAGAAGCACAGCAUUGUCGAAGGUGGCAAAUAAAAGUGCAGCGGCGGCGUUACAACCGGGCUUCUGUGAAUGUGGUUGCUUUGCCACAAAACAUGAGCUCCGUGGGAACUGUGCCAACUGUGGACGUAUCAUAUGUGAACAGGAGUCCGAUGAGACGUGCUACACCUGCGGGUUGAACCCCUCCACUUGUGUGGCGUAUGAAAUUAAGGUUCAGGAGGGCCUGAUAGGUGCUGCCGCGCUGGAAAAAAAUCAGGAAAGUUACGAGGCAGCCGUGAUGAAGCUGGAUGAACUUUUGCACUACGCAGAGACACGCGCCAAACGCACAAAGGUGAUUGACGACCAGACGGCUGUAUUUCUGUCCCCAAAGCAUGCGUGGAUGUCACCAAAGGAGCGCCAAAAGGCAGACGAGGACGAGGCACUUGCAGAACGCCGUCGUAGAGUAGCCGCAAUGCACCGCGCUAGAGGGGCGUAUAGGGUGCACUUGGAUGUCAUGAACCAGAACGUCUCUCUGGGGUGCCCAGAAGCUCCAGAGGUGGCGCAGAGUAGUGGUGCCUCUUCUGCGGCGUCUACGAAUGAUGCUGAAGGCAAAGACGAUAACGACGACGACGAAGACGAGGUUGCUGUGGAGGAGACACGCGCGUUGCCGCUUCCUUUUCUCAUGCAAAAGAUAUGGUACAGUUUGGAUGGCCGCGUCGACACGUCCUCCGCGCCACGUAGCACCGCCGUCAUAAACCCUGAGGGGACUCCUGAGAAAAAACCAGCAGUACGCCGUGUGGUGGAGCUGUCGCGUCGCGUGCAACAGGAUUAUUAUGAAGAGGACGCUCACUUAUUCCGGGAAGCACAUAGGGAAAGAGUAGAUGAAGUUGUUCAGGCUGAGUCCGACGGCCUUGCUGUGGUGUGUAUUGGUAAUAAUGGGGAAAAAGCGACCAUAGAGGAAACAGAUGCGGCAGCGACGGAAGAGGACGCCUUGGGGGCAACACAACCAACCGGUGUGGUCGACCGCGUCACACCGCUACCCGCGAUGCGCAUGAAUGAUGACGGUAUCUGUCUCUCUAUGCAUCAGCCAUGGGCAGGACUACUUGUCGCUGGCAUCAAAGUCCACGAGGGACGGGUGUGGCCCACCGAUUAUAGGGGCCGCCUUUGGAUACACGCGGCCUCCGCACAGCCGCACGACAUUGAAGAAGUGGAGAGACACUACUCAAAGUUCAUGACACCUACGCAACGCUUCCCAAAACAUUAUCCCACACGCGUGUUGCUUGGCUACGUCUACCUCGUGGAGUGUGUCGACAGUGAGGCGUACAAACAGAUGUUUACCGAGGAACAACGGCAAGAGGAGUCACCCUUUACUUUUAUCUGCACGGAAGCUAAGGCAUUGCCGUUUCCGCUGCCCAUGAAUGGUGAUCACAAGUUGUUUCGCUUGGAACACAAGGUGCACACGGCCGCGCGAAAGCAACUUUUAGAGAUUAUGUGA